ACAACUAUAGGUUAAAAAUUAAAUGGAGCACCGAUCAUCAGUCUCAGAUUUUAAUAUUUUGUUGAAGUUCUGAAAAAGUUUUCAUUGUGGUCAUUCAUGUCAAAGCCUGUAGAGGUCCUUUAGGGGGCGCCAUUGCAUUCGAAAUUCUCGUGAGCACAAAAAAAAAUACAGUACAGGUACAUAUUUUUUUGUAAAUACUGUCUUCAAGACUAAUUAAAAUGAAAAGUAUCCCAUUUUUUUGUUUCUUAGUUUUUUUUUUACAUUUCAUUACAUUUUGUGGCCUUUUCCGAUUAACAUCGUCUCAACAUGAUUACCUUCCGCAUUUUACAUUUAUGAUUAUCAUUUUAUGUACAGGUCGGUGUUUAUUCUGAUGAUUUGUAUUUAAUGCAUGUUUUUUUUUUUUUAAACAAAAGUGCGUGUUGCUGGCGCCGGUGCCUUCAGCGGGCAGUCAACGAGACUGACGCGGACUAGAGCUCCACUCUUAGCGGGGGGAGGAGGCGCGACGAGUCGGUGCGGGCUGCGGUGCUCGGUGAGCGAGGACGACGAGCGUGAGGACGUUCAACCUCUCCCCGCUUUUUGCUACAUCGGCUCACGAGUUGCUGCUGCUGGUUUUGUUACCGACCAACGCCGCCCAGGCGCUUGAGUCCUAAAUGAGAAGUGCCUGAGGAUGUCGAAGCGCAGUUUCUUCGUUCGCCUGGUGCCGUGCCGCUGCUUGCGUGGCGAGGAGGAGGCGGUGACGUCUCUGGACUACUCCCACUGCAGCCUGGAGACUGUGCCCAAGGAGAUCUUCAGCUUUGAGAAGACGCUGCAGGAGCUCUUUCUUGAUGCCAACCAGAUUGAAGAGCUGCCCAAACAACUGUUCAACUGCCAGCUGCUCCAGCGACUGAGCAUGCCCGACAAUGACGUCACUGUGUUGCCAGCGGGCGUCGCCAACCUCGUCAACCUCAGAGAGCUUGACGUCAGCAAAAACAGUAUUCAGGAGUUUCCCGAGAAUAUCAAGAACUGCAAGUUGCUCACUAUUGUGGAGGCCAGCGUCAAUCCCAUCGCAAAGCUGCCCGAUGGUUUCACGCAGCUCAUGAGCCUGAGCCAGCUCUACCUGAACGACGCCUUCCUGGAGUUCCUUCCAGCCAGUUUUGGCAGGCUGACUAAGCUGCAGAUUCUGGAGCUGAGAGAGAAUCAGCUGAAGAUGUUGCCAAAGAGCAUGCAAAAGCUCACGCAGCUGGAAAGGUUGGAUCUGGGCAGUAACGAGUUCACCGAAGUGCCCGAGGUACUGGAGCAGCUGACGGGAAUCAAGGAGCUCUGGAUGGAUGGGAACCGCCUGACGUUCUUGCCAGGGAUGCUGGGCACACUCAAGCAGCUGCUCUACCUGGACGUGUCCAAGAACAACCUGGAGAUGGUGGACGAGCAGAUCUGCGGCUGCGAAAGUCUGCAGGACUUGCUGCUCUCCAAUAACGCCCUCACGCAGCUGCCGGGCUCCAUUGGCUCGCUGAAGAAACUGACAGCUCUGAAGGUGGACGAGAACCAAAUAAUGGAGCUUCCGGACUCCAUCGGAGGGCUCACCGCUCUCGAUGAACUGGACUGCAGCUUCAACGAGAUCGAAGCCUUGCCGCCGUCCAUCGGUCAGUGUGCGGCCAUGCGCACCUUCGCCGCCGACCACAAUUUCCUCACCCAGCUUCCCCCCGAGAUGGGCAACUGGAAGAACGCCACUGUGCUGUUCCUGCACUCCAACAAACUGGAGUCGCUGCCGGAGGAGAUGGGGGACAUGCACAAGCUGAAGGUCAUCAAUCUGAGCAACAACAAGUUGAAGAACAUCCCCUACAGUUUCACUAAGCUGAGCCAUAUGACGGCCAUGUGGUUGUCUGAAAAUCAGUCCAAACCCCUGAUCCCACUGCAGAAAGAGGAGGACCCUGAGACCCACAAGACCGUACUAACUAACUACAUGUUCCCGCAGCAGACGAGAACCGAGGACUACGUCCCCAACUCGGACUCGGAAAGUUUCAAUCCAGUGCUGUGGGAGGAACAACGUAAGCACCGAGCUCAGGUGGCCUUUGAGUGCGACGAGGACAAGGAUGAGAGGGAAACACCCCCGAGGGAGGGCAACCUGAAGCGCUAUCCCACGCCGUAUCCCGACGAGCUGAAGAACAUGGUGAAGACGGCUCAGUCGGUGGCGCACCGGCUCAAGGAAGACGAGUCGAACGAGGACUCGGGCAGGGACCCCAAGCCCUCUGCCGAGAGGAAUCACAUUGGUGUGCAGGACGUGGGAGUGAAGGUGAUAGAAGCCCCUCACCCUAAUGGCCUCGUAUCAGACUUGGGAAGCAAAACUUGCAACACAACCUUCACCAUCCCAAACAUCCCAGAACAAGUAUCGAGGGAGACGGAGUCCGAGUCCUUCAGCUCUCAGCAAGUGCAACUCAAAUCCUCAGAGAGUUCCACCGUAAACCACGAGGACACCCUGGAGGACUCGGAGGAGCUUUCCGACGAAGAGGAGGAGAUGAAGAUUGCCGAGAUGCGGCCGCCGCUCAUCGAGAUUUCCAUCAACCAGCCCAAAGUGGUGACACUGAGUAAGGACAAAAAAGACGACAGCAAGGACGCAGACUCGUUGCUGGACGACACGGUAGCCAACAGCAACCAGAACAACAGCAACUGCUCGUCCCCGUCACGCAUGUCAGACUCCGUGUCGCUGACCACCGACAGCAGUCAAGACAACUCCCUGUGCACCCCUGAGAGGGAGGCCAAGAUGCCCUUCCUGCCCAAGACCAGACACGAGGAUGAGAACAUGAACCCCUCCAAAGACUCUGGCGGGCUGCUGCACAACGGCAACGGCUCGGAAACGUCACUGCAGGCGCUCUUGAAGGCCCAGCACAGUGCCACGGUGGGUGACUACGACCUGUCCGCGGAAACCCGACGAGCUUUCAUUGAGAAGGGACUGAACAAUAGCCUGGGAGACGGUUACACCAAGUGGGACCAGAUCAACAUGAACCUGUCACACCCGCCGACGGACAAUAUGCUGGACCAUCAGAUUGCUUCAGUGGGACGGCAGGAAGUGGACGCCAAACGGGGUUUUGACAACCGCCAUUUCCAGAACGGAAACCAGCAGCUCAGCGACGCGUCCUCAGCCAGCGGCGAGAUGUCUCGCAGCACUGAGGAGCUGUCCCCGGAGAGGAGGUGCCACACCCCUCAGGUGAGCAAGUCUCAGAGUGUCAGCAACAUUGAAGCGGGCAGCAUGAAGUUGUACUCGUUUGACGGCGACGCCAUGGCAGAGAGCAGGAUGGUGGGCAGCAGCAGCCCCACUUCAGCGUCCACAGCUCAGGGCCAGAGUAUCGUGAGGAGCAAGUCCGCGUCCUUGCUCAACGACCAAAAUCUCCAAGUCUGUCCGAGCUCGGACCCGCUACCUUCCGCCAGACCUCCCACCAGCACAAGCAGGUACCCAUCGUCCUCCAGUGGGGCCACAGGGACCUCGCCCCCUCAGUACAACGUCCAGUACUCAAGCAAAGACGGCAUGUGGGCCCAGAGAACACCCAUGCCUCCAGAAUACCAAGGCUACCUCCCUCCUGCCACGCACUCACUCGCUAACACCAACUACUCCAAUCGCAAUCAGGCACCCCCAUACCCGCUGCAGCCCCAGCAAAGAGGGCUCCCCAUGGGAUCCAAACCUCCAGCAGACAUGUGGGCAACAGACAGGGUCCACUCUACCAGCAGCCAGUCCAGUGGAGGCGCUCUGCAGCGGCAGAGCAGCACCACCUCUACCGCCUCAGUCAGCGAGCCUCGGCGCAUGCAACUGCCCGAGGGCGACUACCUGACCUACCGGGACAUUCACACCCUCGCCAGGGGUCCGCUAGCCAUGAGCCAGUCGGCGCAGCGGCCCAUCUCCACCCGCACGUACAGCAUCGACACAGCCGCGCCGACCAGGCUGCCCGCCGUCCGGCCGCAGCCCCACGAACUCCCAGAGAGGACCAUGUCGGUCAGCGACUUCCACUACCCACACGGCAGCCCCAGCAAGAGGCCUAAUGUCAGGGUCAGAUCAGAGCAUUCGCUCCUGGACGGGCCAGGGAUGGUGUCGGGCGCGCCGGGAAGGGUGCCGGCCGACUGGAGGGACCAGGUGAUGCGGCACAUCGAGGCCAAGAAGAUGGAGAAGGACGAUGUGUUUGGGCCACCGGGCCAGCAGAGCUACACCAUGGACUCCCGCAGAAAAGUCCCUCUGAUGAACGGUCAGGUGGUCUCGUCGGCUCGUCCUCAGGUGAAUCAGACGUCCAUGGCCCGCCACCCUUCCAGAGAGCAGCUCAUCGAUUACUUGAUGCUCAAAGUCUCCCAGCAGGCCUCGGGGCCCAUGCGGCCGCCACAUGAGAUCCAUGUGAAGGUAGAGAAAAAUCCAGAACUUGGUUUCAGUAUAUCCGGAGGGGUUGGAGGUCGCGGAAACCCGUUUCGUCCAGAUGACAAUGGGAUCUUUGUGACAAGGGUCCAACCUGAGGGUCCAGCAUUCAAGAUUCUUCAGCCCGGUGAUAAAAUUAUCCAAGCGAACGGCUACAGCUUUGUGAACAUCGACCACGGGAUCGCCGUCUCCCUCCUCAAGACCUUCCCCAGUACUGUGGAAUUGACAAUCGUGAGAGACGCGCAAGCGUAAAACAGGGACGGGGGGGGGAGAAACGGGAAAUUUAUUUUUGUAUACAAACGCGGGGAAGGGGGGAACGCCACUUUGAAUGUAAGCGUUUUGACGCGGUGGUCACAUGGACCGUCACUGUGCUUUCUAAAAAAAAAUGUUUUUUUCCUACGAAAAAAAAAAGCAGCCGAAGACCUGCCCUCCCCUUUUUGUCCGUGACCACCAAGAAGCAGGAUACCCCUCAUUUUUUAUUAUUUUUUUUUAAUCUUGAAACAGCAAUGAGGCAAUAGGAUAGUGUCACGUGCUUGGAGAGUGAACACGAAUGUGGGUGAAGGUCAGACCCUCACCUGAACUCUUUUAUUUCCGUGACGUGCCGUCGUUCCGCACCACCAAAUGCAAGGAUGGCGGGGGGGUCGGGAGUCCCCUUGAGUAAGAGCGGGUCCACAUUUCAUCUUUUUCUUUGCCUUUUUUUUUCGUUUUUCUUCACACGUUCCUUUUGGGAGAGCACCACUCUUUUGCCUUUUUGUGAGCAUUUUUGUUGAUUUUACUCGUGGGGGGAGGGAGAGAAGCAAGUGCCAUUCGACCUUGAACUGUUUCAACGAGCAAUAUUCACACUGUAGCAAUAAAGCCUUGUUUCCCCCCUCAUUUAAUUUUUUUUUUAAAAAUACCCUUUUAGUAACACCACCGAUGAUUUUAUACACGGGCGAGCAUUUUGUAAUGAAAUAGCACAUCAAAUCUAUAUCUGUAUAGAAUAGCGUGAAGAGUGUUUUGUGCAAAUGUAAGUUUUUAUCAAUUACAUGUUUAUUGUUGUUAACAUGAGUUUUAAAGUUGACCAUGCGCCGAAAAAUGAUGAAAUGAUCAGCAUGUUCCAUAACUUGUUUGAAAAUGUGACGUUAAUGCUCAUGUGAAACUGUCGUCCUUUUGUAGACAAUCUUUGGGAAAUUAUUGGUUGUCGUCCACGUGGAUCUGUUUGGAAUGCUCACGUCUUAUUUAUUUUUUAACAGGCCAAACCCUGUGUAAUAAUUUUUAGACGUUACUAAUCAAAAAAAUGUAAAUAUACACGCGCACAGCAUUAUUAUUUUUUUUUUCUCCAAUUGUACAACCAGCAAUAAGUUCCAAUGCAGAAAGAAGAGGGCACCUGUGUUCACACGUAGCUAGCCGUUAUCACAGUCUCGACCACAAACGUGCAUCCGUGCGACAUUCCAGAUUUUGUACAUAACUAACCAUUUCUGGCGUUGAACCUGUGGAAAAUAAACAGAUACUAUUUCACACAGCA